AUGGGUAGCUUUGGUAGUGUAGACUGUGCCUAUAGCUCACCUCCUACUCUCAGAUCAUCCACCCCUUCGUCCCAGGAACGGAGCAUUUCCUGCGAUUUUGACCGAACGGCGGAACCUCCUGCAGGACUUACCACCUACGCCCACAUUGGCACCUGGAUCUCCGCUUGCAGUUUGGAGACCGCAACCAAUCGACCCCAGCAAUUGGACAUCAGCUCUGCGCAAGAGCACCCCAGCCUGGUUCCCUUACCACUGUAUGACAAUGGCCGAGGAUCUACUUCACCAACUCUGUGUCGUUACCUAGAUGAUUACGACACAGUUCCGGUCAAUGAGAAGCUUCUUGCAAAAAUCACAUUUGGAACACCCAUGAAUAAUGUCACAUGA